UGUCAGUGUCAGUGUAUCCAAAUCCAAAUCCAUUUAGGCCUAGACUCUAUUAUGAUUUUAAUGUUUAGUUUUCAUUUAUUGCAUACAAAAGCAGAAAAUAUCAACUAAAUGUAAAUCAAGAAUCAAAUUAAUACUCUACAGAGAUGAGUGUUACUUUAUCUCUUCGUGUCACAAGCGACAAGCGCAAACCAGGAACCAAAGUGCCAAACACUAAGGAAGAAAACUUGAUUCCUGUGAUAAAAUAUUUGAAAAGAAACACUCAACAUGGCACGGGCAGCUAUAAGUUUUUGCAGGAGUUGGAGGAAGCAUCUGAUUUGAAAGCUCAACUUCAAACAUUAAAGGACGCUCUUAAAUCACUAAACACCCAAAGUGAAAAUGACCAGCAAGAAAAAAUCUAUUUCCAUAUUAUAGUGGAUAUACUCUUAAAUUUAGAACUCAAGAGCCCCUUACGGAGUGGCAUAAUUCGGAUUCUCAAAGAGUACAAGGAAACAAAAUCCGCCAUAGUGGUAGACGUAAUAUCGGAAUGGUUCACAGCAAAGUUUCAAUCUUGUGAGCAAGACAUUCUGUCGAUCCUUAAAACUGCCAAUGCUGUUUGUGGCUGCUUCGACAAUUUCCCCACAGGUGCAGAAGCUGUUGGGAAAUGUGCAAAGGAUGUUUUGACAUUCAUCUUUAACAGCCUCUUGCUUUGCAAAAAUAUAUUAGGUUUGGAAGGUAGCUCUGUACAAAGUACAGACGUUUGCCAAUGUAUACACACCCUGGUGCGGGCCGGCCUCCAUGUGGUCAGCUUGCAACUAUCUGCUGAUUUUGACAAGUCACAGCUGCAUCAGCUGAGUAAACAGCUGAUGGCUUGUGAUCUGCCUCUUGACACCCGCACAAACUGUGGCUUACUCGCUGUGACUACCGGCCGACAAGAGUGGUACAGUAUUCUACAAGAUCAGUUAAAGAGUGAAGAUGACCUGACAUCUCUGUGUUUAUAUUCUGGAAUUAUUGGUUGUUUACCAAAGGAAGAUCUGACUUCAACUGGAGACCUAUUUGGAGGAAUAUCCCCAGUUCAGCUGAUCUUUAACCACAUCAUAAACAUACACAAAAGGAACCCUCUACAGCCUACAGUAACACUAAGCGUCGCCCGUACACUGGUAAGCCUGAGCCGAGUGCUGGUAGCGUGUGACAGUCAACAGCUGAUUGACAUGUUACCACGUCUGCUCUCCUACACCUGGGAGCAUCUUGAACACGUCAUGGACAGCGUUAAACAUCUGGCAGUUGCUCUUCUCAACAACAUCGUCAAACUUCAUUCACCCGAGGUUGACGUUUACAGCAACAUGUUGUCCGCUAUGAAGCAUCUCCCGGCAUGGAGCCGAGCACGACAUGUAGCCUUGUCUGCCUUGUUAGGCAAAGUCCCCGUUUCUCAGCUGAUUUCCAACGGUUGUGAGAUACAACUCAUGUACGAGCAUCUCAGCAAGGAAGUCGUCUCUUCUCAUGCUGUCAAUGCUUUUCAAGAAUUCAUGAGGCAUCACUACAAUGAAGUCUCGGACAAAGAUGAGUGGACACAGUUGUGGAUCAAACCUCUUCUUCAACGUCUGGACCAGAAUCCUUCGGUGCCUUUACAGCAGGUCUUGGGAAAAGCUUUGGCCAUCUCUGACAACUUGGUUCAGUACAUCCUCAAGUUGCCGGAGGGACAAGUCAGUCUUGGCACCACUCUACUCUGCCUCUGCCUGUCUCACAAGACUGGCUUCUUGGACACUAGCGGAGCAGACGACGACAUGUGGAGGGGGGUGGUCAGUUACGACACACUCCGCUCAGCUAUAAAUCACACGGAUGAUCAGACUCGCCUGUCCUGCCUCUCUCUGAUCGUGGAGGCCCCGAAGUCCUCGGAAGUGUUUACAACAAACGAGCUACGUUUAGUGACGGAAUACGUCUCUUACAACCUGCACUGGGAAUGUCCUGCGGCUAGACAACGCAACAUUGCUCUCCUGAACAAGUUCGUUAAACGGUUCAACGACAGUCACCAGGCACUACAGAGGCGAUCAGACACCUCUGGUCAGCUGUUGUCGUACAGUCAGUGUUACCAACAGUUGCAGGACGUCUGUGUAGACAGUUUGUUCCCCGGGGCGACUCACAGCCGACGGGUGUCAGCUCUACACCUGCUGCUGUCCCUGCGUCCCCAGGCAACCCCUCUGCUACAGGCCGCCCUGUUGGCAUGUCUGGCUGAUAGUUAUGAAGAUGUCAAGGCUAUGGCCGUCAGACUGCUGACUAACACACCAGGAUUGUUGGAGGAGUUUAAGGAGCCGUCAACAGUGUUGAACGUCAUCCGUAAAGGUCUACAAUACGCUGGAGGUGUGAAGCCACCCGAGAGUCUGUCCGCUGCGUAUCUCCUCACCACUCUGUCUCACACACCGCUGUCAGACGCAGCGUGGGCGGCCAUCUUGGACAAGUAUCCAUUUUGUAACCAUAACGUCAUAGAAUACAAAGGCGUGUACUACCUAGUAAUGAUAGUUGCGGAUGAACUGACUCGCCAGUUGGCUGUGGCUGAAGAGAACUUACUGAAAGCCGCUUCCUCAGCACCUCUUCACGGACUGCUGUUUACCAUCAGACUAAUGCUGACUCAGGCUGACCUCAAGAGUUGCAACAGCGAGAUGUGGAGACAGCUGAUCAGAAGAUUGGUAGAGCUAAGUUUCAGCUGUAGUGCUGCAGUAGCCUCAGUCGUCAACAGUGACUCGCCCGAGGGACAUCUCCCCAUGGACUUUGACUUUGAUCCGUCUGACGUGUGUGGUGGUGAGCAGGAGGGGGUGGAGGGAGUGACGUCGCAGAUGGUGUUGUUGUGUUCUUGGAGAACUGUCAAAGAAGUGUCUCUGUUGCUUGGUCAUCUAGCUGAAGAAUGUAGCAUUGCCACAACACCACAAGAAGCAGGACUGUUGGAAGAAAAGGAUAUUUUGAGGAUUGGAAACCAUUUGACAACACUUCUGGCUGAAACCAAACAUAGAGGAGCUUUUGAACAGGCUUAUGUCGGCUUCUGCAAACUGGUGUCUCGUCUUUGGAGACUCCCAAUGGGGACUCUCCAGCAGUUGCCAUUGAAAUGGUUGAAAGACACAAUGGAUGAGAUCAGCAACAAUGAAGAGACUCUUUGUGCUACAAGGAGAAGUGCUGGGAUACCUUUCAUGAUUCAGGCUCUGAUCUGUACCCAGAUGGAGGUACAAGGUCCGUUGUCAGUGGAAGGGUGGGUGAGUUGUCUGCUAGCUUUGGCUGAGUGUGCGUCUGCGCCCCCCACCACUCACACUCAUGCACUCAACAUCCUGCGCGCGCUGUUCCGCAGUACACAGCUUGGGGAGGCUGUAUCUGUCUGUGUGGAACGUGCGUUCAUCGUCACCAUCUCUGCGUUCUCAGCCAGCAACUGGAUGGAAAGAAACUCAGCAACGUUGCUUCUGAGCGCUUUGAUGACUCGAGUGUUUGGAGUUCCGAGAUCCAAGAGUCAAGACAGUCUCUCCUGGAAGAACAAGAUGACAGGGAGGAUAUUCUUCCAGCGGUAUCCGAAGCUGUUUGACUUCUUUCAACUAGAGCUGCAGAAAGCUUCUCAGUCGGGCUCAAAAUUGCAUCCUUCGUUGUACCCGGUUCUGCUCAUACUGGGACGGCUUUACCCAUCGUCUCUGGAAGGCACUGACUCUAACGUACAGUUGACCCAGUAUAUACCGGACAUAGUAGUGUGUUCUGGCAGCAACAUAUACAAGACCAGGACACUGGCAGCCAGAGCAAUGGUAGCCCUCAUGUCUCUUUCCCACUUUGACAAUGUCAUACAACAAGUCACCCGGCCUGAUAUAUCUACCAAUUUCAGGCAUGGCUUACAUUUACAAGUGGCAUUCUUCCUGAAGCAAUCUGAUCUCAAGGUCAACCAUUUGUUUUUCAAGGACCAAAUAGAAACCUGGAUUGAAAAAUUAAUAGGUUUAUUUGACAAGAAGCUCAGUGUCCCAGAAUUACAAGCUUUGGUCAAUAUAUUCAACAUUUUCUAUGAUAAAUAUUCCUUACUUGUACCACAAACUGUGUGGGUACAAAUCAGAGAGAAAUCCAAAAGUCUUUUAAAUCCGAUUCCAUCUUCUGAACUGCUUGGAUCUUGUUUGCUUCGACCUGCUUUAUGUGAAUUGUUACUCAAGUUAGCCAUGAGAUCAGAAAAAGACAUUGUGUCGUUAUGUUGUCAGCUGUUAAAUGAUAAUAUAUACGAGGUUCGACACACAGUGUUGGAUUUCAUUAGUUGUCUCUGCGGUUACAGCUGUUCAGAGAGUUUUGGUGAGUUUUACAAACUGGUCGAUUUUAACACAAAGCAAUCUUGUAGAUACCUCUUGUUACACGAUCAUGAAAUCAUCAAGGUCAUUGCAGAGAAAGCUUUAAAUGUGUUUGAAAACAAAGGAGAUCAUCCUGAUGAUAACGUUAGGUUGCUAUCAGUGUUGAGAGGUUGGGAAGAAGUCUGGGUUGAGAUAUCGGACAAAUGCAAGGAGGAUUUGCUGGCAAAGUUGCUGGAUUUGUGUAGAGAUUCCUACAAUGAGAUUGCUACCUGUGCUUUGUUUUGCGUCAACGACUUCUUGAAAUCAAAGAAACACUUGAAUGAAGGUGAUAUUACAAGCAUUAGUACAUUACUGGAAGAACUUACUUCCUCAGAAACAAGCUAUUUAUAUCACGAGCCUCUGCAUGAACUGGUAGUGAAGAACUUCAGUGCAUUACAGAUGUCAACACAAGCAGUCAAUAGACUGCAGAUGUACAAGACAUUGAUUCAGUUGAGUGAUCACAGCCACUGGACACAAGUAGUAGACCAAGUGACCAGGACAGAGAAGAAUGCUGUAGUGACUGCUACAUUGGUGCUGGGCUUGACAUUGGGUCAGUUCACAGGGUUGAGACAUAAUCAGGAUAAUGUGGCCAAAGUGUUUGACACGGAAGAGGUCAGCAGUGAUUACGAAGAAUACAUUCUAAGUCGGAUUUGCAGUCAAAAGUUUAACGAGCUGUGUGAUUCUACGCUCAAGAUUCAACUUGAUAAACCACUCAGAGAUUGGCUCACCAAGGAGACGGGACUCGACGGAAGUACGUUGGCAGAGUUUGUAUCACUGGCUAGGAUGCAGGUGUUACAACUGGACUCAAGUGAUCCUUGUCAAUUUUUAUACCCUGGUUAUCAAAGACUCAGGCUAAACUGGUUGAAGUUGAAAAAUAUUUUAUGACAUAUUUUUGUUAUUAAAGUGGUUUAUAUGUUUUUA